AUGGUCUCUUUCACCAAGCUUUUCACUGCCGGCCUCGUCGCCACUUCGACUAUGGCCGCCCCCAUGGAGGCCAAGCGCAGCACUUCCGGCAAGCGCGGCGCCGCCUACAACGACGUCAGUAGUGUGUCUGCUCUGACCAGUGGUGGCACCAUCUCAUGGGCCUACAACUGGGCCGGCUCCCUCUCUGGCGCGCUCCCCUCAAACAUCGAGUUCGUCCCUAUGCUCUGGGGCCCUAAGAUGUUCGGUGGCUGGGUGACUGCCAUCGAGACCGCUUUGUCUAGCGGCAGCAGCUACAUUCUCGGAUUCAACGAGCCCGACAUGGCUUCGCAGGCUAAUAUGAGCCCUACGGAUGCUGCCAGCUACUACCAGACCUACAUCACCCCGUGGGCCGGCAAGGCAAAGCUGAUUUCGCCCGCCGUAACCUCCUCUACCUCGCCCGGCUCCGGCCUUGACUGGUUCGAGUCUUUCAUCGGUAGCUGCAGCAGUUGCAGUAUUUCCGGUCUGGCUGUUCACUGGUACGGUGAUACUGCCGACAAUUUCAAGACCUUCAUCACCAAUGCUGUCGACACUGCUUCCAAGCAUGGCCUGACCGAGGUUUGGAUCACUGAGUUUGCUCUCAACUCUGAUAUCAGCGGCGCUGCGGACCCCUCCGCUACUGCUGCUUUCCUUAACGAGGUUAUCCCUUGGUUGGAUUCCCAGACUGGUGUUGCUCGCUACUCUUACUUCAUGUGUGCUGAUAACUACUUGCUCUCCGGCGGCACUCUCAACCAGGCUGGCCAAGCUUACGUCUCUGCGUAA